UCACAUCUCAUGAUACGUAGGUCUUGACUGCAAUAGGGAAUUUCUGCAUUUGCUCAAUUGCUGUGGGAAUGAUAAUAGAGAUUAUUGUUAUGUACCCAAUCCAAGACCGGCAAUAUCGUCCUGGAAUUGACAAUCUUCUUGUGCUUCUUAUUGGUGGAAUUCCAAUUGCUAUGCCAACAGUUCUGUCUGUCACAAUGGCUAUUGGUUCUCAUAGGUUAUCUCAGCAGGGAGCUAUCACAAAGAGAAUGACUGCAAUUGAAGAGAUGGCAGGCAUGGAUGUGCUUUGCAGUGACAAGACUGGAACAUUGACGCUGAAUAAACUAACUGUUGACAAGAAUCUUAUUGAGGUUUUUGCUAAAGGAGUAGAUGCAGAUACAGUUGUUCUAAUGGCAGCGCGGGCCUCUAGGACUGAGAACCAAGAUGCAAUAGAUACUGCUAUAGUUGGGAUGCUGGCUGAUCCAAAAGAGGCUCGUGCUGGCAUUCAGGAGAUACACUUCCUUCCUUUUAACCCAACUGAUAAGCGCACAGCUUUAACUUACCUUGACCGUGAAGGUAGAAUGCAUAGAGUUAGCAAAGGGGCACCAGAGCAGAUUCUACAUCUUGCUCACAACAAGUCAGACAUUGAGCGAAGAGUUCACGCUGUUAUUGAUAAGUUUGCAGAGCGAGGCCUGCGAUCUCUUGCCGUGGCCUACCAGGAAGUUCCGGAUGGAAGAAAAGAAAGUCCUGGAGGCCCAUGGCAAUUUAUUGGUCUGAUGCCUCUCUUUGAUCCACCUAGGCAUGAUAGUGCAGAGACCAUAAGGAGGGCUUUGAAUCUUGGAGUAAAUGUUAAAAUGAUUACAGGAGAUCAACUGGCAAUUGGGAAGGAAACUGGACGACGUUUGGGAAUGGGAACAAACAUGUAUCCUUCAUCUGCUUUGCUAGGACAGGACAAAGAUGAGUCUAUUGCCGCUUUACCAAUUGAUGAAUUGAUAGAAAAAGCUGAUGGCUUUGCUGGUGUUUUCCCUGAACACAAAUAUGAGAUAGUAAAGCGUUUGCAAGCUAGGAAACAUAUUUGUGGUAUGACUGGUGAUGGAGUCAAUGAUGCUCCUGCUCUUAAGAAGGCUGACAUUGGCAUAGCUGUUGCGGAUGCUACUGAUGCAGCUCGUAGUGCUUCUGAUAUUGUCCUUACUGAACCUGGCCUUAGUGUCAUCAUCAGUGCUGUUUUGACCAGUCGAGCUAUCUUCCAGCGUAUGAAAAAUUACACAAUAUAUGCAGUUUCCAUUACAAUCCGUAUUGUGCUUGGCUUCAUGCUUCUGGCACUCAUAUGGAAGUUUGACUUUCCUCCAUUUAUGGUGCUUAUUAUUGCUAUCCUCAAUGAUGGUACGAUUAUGACGAUAUCAAAGGAUAGGGUGAAACCAUCACCUCUGCCGGACAGCUGGAAGCUAGCUGAGAUUUUUACAACUGGCGUUGUUCUUGGUAGUUACUUGGCAGUUAUGACUGUUAUUUUCUUUUGGGCAGCAUACAAAACUGACUUCUUUCCGCGAACAUUUGGGGUGUCAACUCUUGAGAAAACGGCUACUAAUGAUUUCCGAAAGCUUGCCUCAGCUGUGUAUCUGCAAGUGAGCAUCAUCAGUCAGGCCCUUAUAUUUGUAACACGAUCCCGAAGUUGGUCUUUUGUUGAGCGACCUGGUUUAUUGCUUGUAGUAGCUUUUGUGAUUGCUCAGCUGAUUGCUACUCUGAUUGCCGUCUAUGCAAAUUGGAGCUUUGCUGCAAUUGAAGGGAUUGGAUGGGGUUGGGCUGGUGUGAUCUGGCUUUAUAAUAUCAUCUUCUACAUCCCACUUGAUCCAAUUAAUUUCAUGAUUCGCUAUGCUCUGAGUGGGAGGGCUUGGGAUCUUGUUAUUGAGCAGAGGAUCGCCUUUACAAGGCAAAAGGAUUUUGGUAAGGAACAACGUGAGCUUCAAUGGGCACAUGCACAAAGAACAUUGCAUGGGUUGCAAGCACCUGAUACCAAAAUGUUCACUGAGCGAACCCAUUUCAAUGAACUCAAUCAGAUGGCCGAAGAAGCCAAAAGGAGAGCUGAAAUUGCCAGAUUGAGGGAACUUCAUACACUGAAAGGUCAUGUAGAAUCAGUGGUGAGAUUGAAGGGACUUGACAUAGACACUAUUCAGCAAGCUUACACAGUCUAAAAGAGAUCAUCUAUUGAUCUACUCAUUUGUUAAGAGACGUUUAACGGUGCUGAGAUUAAAGACAUGCAAUCCGCAUGUUGUGAGUUAUUCGUCAAACAGUGUUAGUUUCUGCUUCUAUAGUUUCCAUUUGAGCACUUUAGAGUGCCGCGGUAAGCUUUUUUUUGUUUGUUUUCCUCUCUGCUCUUUAAAAUUACUCAUCAGAACGUUGUGGCAUUUAAUGUUUAUAUUAGUAAAAGAUUUAAGGUCAGUUCCCUUAUUCCGCUGUACUAUGGAAAAACUUUCUGUUUUUAGAUAAUUACUUCUGUUGUUGAUAGUGGGCAAUAAGAGCUCAGAAACUUGAAAUAUAUUGGAUUCCGCACUUCUUGCUU